UUUUUCAAAAAAUAUGUAUCUACACAGCUAAACAAAUGUCUCAAAAGUAAUGAGUAAGAAUAACUUUCACUAGAAGAAGAAUCAAAAAUUUUUAAAUGGUCUAGAUUUUUGAUAUUUCUGAAAAAAUUGUAAGCUUUAGGUUCCUAAGAAAAAAAAAAAAAAAAAAAUAGUCAGACUUGAAACAAAUUUGAUAAAGAUGAGAGAAAUCAUUUGGAUUGAAUCAUCAUAUAUAUAUGAUGCUGACGAGACACAAUUUAAUGAUUUCAGUCAUGGUCCAGCACUUCAAUGUUGACACCUGCAAAAUUUGAAUUCAGGAGUAAAAUGAUUCAGAACAUUAGUUACGCAUAAUGAAAUGCAAAUUAAUCUAACUAAUAUCACCGGAAUUGAUUAUCUGAUGGUAAGCAAGUUGUUUAUUCCUACACACAUAUGUGCCCAAAUUGUGAAGAAUUACAUUGAAAACAAGUUCCAUCACUGUAUAAUCAAAUCCUUUUUCUACCCGAAGUUCCAAAAAAUGAUUUUCAUUGCUGGUUUUAUAUCAACGCUCAUUUAUUCUUUAACUGUAGCUGAUAAUUUUCAACAUUCAUCCACGGGUGAUUAUCGCGUAGAAUGGAAAGAAUUCGCACCUUGUCCACCUGAGAAAAGAGGAACCAAUGAAGUUUUCACCGAUAUUCAUUUGACUAAAAGGCAUCAAGGUUUGACAGAAAUUGUUGGAAAAACAAUACUUCUUAUACCUUUUGAUGAUAACAUAACCGUCAAUGUGAAUUUCAAUAUCCUUGGUUCCAAUUCAGCAUGGUUACCAAAUGCAUAUCAUUUACCAGUGCCAAAAGCCUGUUCUUCGAUGAUACGUCUUCUAGGAGAAGGUUGGGUAGGAUACAUGAAAAAUAUGGGCAUGGUCCCGAAAUGUCCUGUUCCAAAAGGUGUUUACGAACUCAAAGGUUACGAUGUGAAUAACAUGAUACGAGGCAAUGUACUUCCAAAGGAGUUCAUUUAUGGCCGAUAUAAAAUCAUAAUCGAGUACGUAAGGUCUGGGAAAUUAGUUGGAUGUGUUUAUACCAUCAUACAAGCUGUUCCUGCUUGGCAAAGAAAAACCAAGAAAAAUGAUCAUUCGGGAUAAAAUUAGAGAUGAUCAUUUUAUUGCUUGGCAUAGCAAAUCAGCAAUCAGUUGUCAUAUUCGAAUCAUCUUCAAAAAGAAAUUGUUCGAGCGAAUCAAUAAAGAAUAAAAAGCACCAUCAUCUUGAUUAUUCAAACUAUGCAACCCAAAUAGCUGCUGUGUUG